CGUUUGCGUACAGAAGGACAUCGACGUUUUUCUCCGACCGGCCGACAACAAUAAUCGUAAUGCGUAAUAGACUUAAUAAUACAAUUGUAUUGUCUACAAGAACACUGCGAAAAACGGCCGGGAAUGUCGUUGCAAAUGCGAUCGCGUUCAGUUCUCCGUUGUAAUCCGAUUGCCGAUUGCCGAUCCCGUCGCCGUGUUUGCCAUUGACACGUUCUUGGGUAGAGGUAGUCGAACGUUAUGGCCGCCGCGACGAUCGGGUUUCUAACAACGCUGGCCGUGAUAACGCGGUUUUGCUCGUGUCAUCAGAACGAUGUUGGCGCGGAUAACGUAUUGGCGUACGCGAUCGCUGACGACUUUGGCAAUGUUUCCAUACAACCGACGGAUGGCGGCAGGUUCGUGGGCAAAGCGAUUUACACCCGCGACACAAACACCACGGGGCAAGUCGAACGCUGUUAUGGCGAUACUUUUUUUUUUUUUGUUUUUAAUCGGCGGCGACAGAAUCGUAUUGGUUUUUUUUUUUUUUUUCUUGUCGUGUUAUAAUAUCAUUUCCAUCGCACGUCUUGCUCCGCUCAGUCCGACCGUCGACUUCGAGGUUUCCCGUUUACGGACACGAAAACAGGCCCGUAAGCUUUUUUACCCGAAAUCUUGUGCGAAUCAAAAACUUUGUCGGUGCCUACAUUCUUGUAGCUUUUAUGAGUUGAUGCAUUGAUAGUUGGUCAUUUUUUGAUUUUAGAUUCUGAGUGGAGCGAAGAAGCUUAUAGUUUUAUAAAGAUGUUUAUUUAUUUUUUUUUUUAUCUGUUAGCGACUUUUCUACCAGAAGACUUGCUCAGAUUUUUAAGUGUAGCAACUUUUCUGAAAGGAAAUCGGUGUUUUCGAUUUUAUCAAAAGUUUUAUUAUCAAAUGCGAAAAUUUCGUUCCAACUUAUAAUGAUGGCAAUGUGUCUAAAAGGAAAUUUCAUUAGGGUGGUAUUCCAAAAAGAGGUAAUCUUUCAAUUUUUUCAGGAGUUUUCCCAUCAAAUUUGAAAAACGGGAAAAACAUAGGAAAACUGGGAAAAUCAGUACAACAUUAAAUAAAUGUUAUUGAAGAAAAUAUCUAAAGCUUAUUUAAUUAUUUUACUAUAAAAUUACGUAAAUUGUUGACAAACCAUCAUUAUCAACUGAACUCCGCUCAGAAUCGUUUUUUUUUUUUUUUUUUUUUUUGUUAGUAAUGGUUCGUCGUUGCUUACAGGUAUACAUUAAAUUAUCAAUAACAAUGGCUGCACCAGUCCGUAUUAUCCUCGGUCGUGUUUUUCCAUAUUUUUUUCAUAACAAAUGGGGAAAACUGACAAUUUUUGGUAGAAUUUUCGUUUGAUUUCUAGGUUACCUUGGUAGGCAACAAGGGAAGAACACGACUAAUAAUACUGUGCUCAGAAUCGUUCCAUUAACAAUGGUUUACCGUUCCACGCAGAUAUAAAAUAAAUCACUCUAUACAUCCUUCCCACAAACUCGCUACCGUGAAACAGCGGCACGUUCAUCAUAUCAGCACAGGCGUGCGCACGGGGCGAGCACCGGCUCGACCGGAACUUUUUUCGGGGGGGGGGGCAUAGUAAAAUUUACAACUAACCAUAGUGAAAUGUCUGUGUGUAUAUAUUUUAACAUGUUCGUGGAAAUGAUUGAAAUUUUAUUUCUCGUGAUUGUCAAAUAUAAUUUAAAAUAUUUGCGUGUGCCUAUCAUUACGUCAAUUUUUGUCAACGAAAAUAUUCUGUGGGUACUACGGCUACAAUAGUCGGUUAUCGUGUUAUAACAUUACAUAAUACGGGGCGCCUAAAUCGUUUUGAGACGAGCGGAACGCGGACCUGCGCCAGCGGGCUCGCGGACGCAUACGCACUGCUCCACGGAAAAACCCGCGCGUUUACAAUUGGUCGCUUUCGAUGAAACACCGUAAACUGUCCCCACGACAAUCUAACCGGUGUGUGAACCGUCCACUGUUGUCACUUGUCUGUUCAGUAUACCGUGUUUACUUUGCUCAUCCACUGUCGUAGUGUUUGCGCGUUACACUGCUGCGAAACAACAAUGUGAUCCGACAUUAUUAUGUAUUAAUAUUAUUCUCGUUAGUACACCGGGCGUUGCGUAAACCGUAUUGAACAAAGAACUUCAAACGUGUCCAGUCAACGGAGUGGUUGUGAAACCAGAAAACGUAAAGCCCGUAAAAGAAGCGGACCCGUUAAUUAAAUUAAAAGUAAAUGGUUCAAACGUAUUGGGGCGCUAAUCGUAUCCAGGCUCGACCGGAAGUUGAAGUCUGCGCACGCCUGUGAUCAUCGGUAGUAUCGGCCUAAUUCAGUGACGUUUUGGAGGGUAUACGGCGUGCCGGUGUACACCCAAUUACUAUUCGGUGACUUGGCGUGUACUCGGUGAAAAUGGUACAAAAACGCACGUAUACGAUCGUGUACCUUUAAUUUUUUUUUUUUUUAAAUACGCGCAGUAAUUUACAAAUUAAGCAAUCUGUAUUAUUCUGUAGGAUUAAAUUUGGAGCGCAGUGAAAGAUCUAUUGGUUUUACUGUGUUUUUUUUGUUUUUCGGCAACUUUUUUACUACAGAUCUUGCUCCGAUUUAUAGAGUGUAACACCUUUUCGAGAAAGGUUUUUGGGUUUUAGUUUUUUCCUUGGAUCUCUUUAUGCGUUUAUCAUUUAACAAGCUCCUAUUUCAUACCGAAAAAUUAAUUAAAAUAAUUAUUAAAUUAAAUCUGUCGUGUGAUACAGUUUUUAAUACUUAGGUACAAAUGUACGUCAAUAAAAAUUAAUAAAACUGAGUAACAAAAAACAAAAAAUUAGUUUGCGAAUUUGUGAACGCACCUACUAUUGUAUAAUAGUUUUCCGUUUGCAAAGCGAUCUUUUUUUUUUUGAAUGACUGAAUCUAAUCUAAUUAGUACUUAUAAAAUCACAGUAUCGUUGCUUAAAUGCAUAGAUAUUAAAUAAGAAGCGUAUUACGAAAACAACACCGGCCUUUUUGUUUCUAGAACAAGUUGGAAGAUUCAAUGCUUAUAUGGUUUACUAGCGUGCAUGAAUAUGCACGUAUAAACCGAAUAUUAUGCAUUUGUGAUGCAAAACUAUGUGUCGUAUGUAUACAUAAAGCAACAUAAAUCAACAGUGGCUAUUUUUCUGACAUUCCGCAGUGAACACAUGUAUAUGAAUUUGAUUAAUAAUUAAUAAUUAUUGCGAGAAAGGUAGGUAGUGGAUUCCUAGUUACCUAUAUAACAAAUGCAGGUGGCAGGUGCACCACAUUUGUAGUUUUCGUAGUGCUUGGAGUGUGUUGUAAUGCACAUAGAAACAGUCACGGUAAAAUAUCAAUGUCACAAACAGGUGAUAUUGCAAACAAUACACUUACCCAGCGGUAAUUUAAUUUUUAAAGACGUAGUAAUUUUAUUGAGAAAAAUGUUUUAAACCGUAAUUCAAAUAUUAUGACGUAUAAUACAAGUUAUAAUGAGUGGUGCCAUUUACGGCCAAACUAAUUUGGCAUAAUUAGAAUCGUCAGAUUUCUUUUUAUAUCUAUAAAAUCAAUACGGAUGUAUGAAGAUACCGUUUAAUACGAGUUUUGCCGGAUCGGAUUAAAUGAAGUUCAAGUCGAAGAUGUCCAGUUCUGCCGGUAAAACUUUUUAGGAAUUCAUGUCCGUCAAUUCAUAUCAAAAUUAUUAAAAACAGAAUUUUCAGAGAAACAAAGCGUUUUUUAGUUUCUUAUAGUUUCUUAUUAUAUUCCCAGCUAUUAUAAUAUAUGACGUAUUCAAAUUUUCUUGUGCAUUUAACUCUUUAUUAUAGUUGAUUGUAUUUUUCGAGUAUUAGGUAUGUUUCACUAUUAUUGAAAAAUAUACCUGUCUGAAUAUUAUCCGUCUAAAACCCGCUUAAAUUUUGAUGGAACCGUGGUUGCUCAAACCAUUGUCAACACGCUACUGGUUCAUAAAUCGUUUCAGAAAUGAACAUAUUAAAAACAUAUACGUGCACACGCACACGCGCACAUACUCACAAAUACACACAGGCGUGCCCAGUCACUAAUGACGGGGCAGGGGGGGGCAAACGUUUUGUUUUUUCAACAUUACCAGUGACUGUGGAAAUAUUUUAUAGGAGAAGAGAGAACCAAAUAGAUUGGUCUAAAAUUAUAUAUUUAUAUUAUAGUGAAAUUAAUAAGUAUCUAUAAUAAUUAUCUGCAACAUCACAAAAUAACACAUUAUUAUUAUUAAUAUAAAAACAAUAUUUAAUAAUAACAAAAUGGAUCGUUUUGUUAAUAUAAUUUAUAGAUUCGAGGUUGGAUUUUCAAAACCUCGAAGACCCGAUUGACGGUGAAUUUUAAAUUCCGAAACACUUAAUCUGACCAUAUUACCACCUAUUUUAUUUUCAUAAGUAUGCGGACGUUAUUUUAUUUAAUUUUUUGUGUUUCAGAUGGAAUUACUUAGAGAUAUUCACGUCCAGAAAAGAAGACGAUUCCAUGCAAGCGUACGCAGCCGGUUUGCUGGAAGGAUGGAUUACGGCCGACGCGAUACACAUGUAUUGGUACAAUAUGUUUCGACAUUUUUGCGACAGGCGUACAGACGUAUGCAAAACACUGCAUGAGUAUUUGCGGACAAAUAGAAAUUGGGUCGAGGCCCAAGUGACGGAGAAAAACGGAUCGGACGCGUAUUGGUAUCAAGUAAGUGACGAAAUUUUCGUUUAUCGUGUCGUACAUACGCGGAAAAAAAUACGAAUUAUGGAGGUUAACAAUCAAUAAUGAUAGGGUUUAUGCUGUAGGGGUUGAUUGAUGGAUUUCGGAUUUUUCUCCAGUAGGCUGGGCUUUUUUGCAUCUACUUUUUUUUAUCUGAAUGACAUAAGUGUAUGUAUAUUCCUAUCCCCUACAAGAAAACUCACUGGGACAGAUGUGUGAUAAUGAUGUUCUUAUAUAUCUCUACAGAGAUGUAUAGGGAAAUUUUCAAUUAUAUCAAUAACCGUGGCUUAUAAAUAACUAUCAUCAUAGCUCGUCAUUGUUAUGAAAUUUACAUAGUUAUGUUUGGCCAUAUUGUACAAUCAUUUAUUUUUUAUCAUAUUAUUAUAUAACUGUAAUAAAUAAAUACGGUCAAGGGACGAAGGGUGUUGCGUUCUAACACACGGUAUACUGAAAAUUAAAAUAUCUUAAUUCACUAUGAUGCACUUUUUGUCAUAAUAAGCCAUUAUUAGCCAUUUAGCAAAUCUAUGCCAUUAUUGCUAUUGAACAAUUUUUAAAAUUAAAUUUGCUUGUAUUGAAAAUUACACGAAAUCGAUUUAAGCCCCUCUUCACCGGGACCAACAAUUAAAUAUCUUUGAACAAUACUUCAAAACUAAAUAAAUAAUUAUUGAUUGUUGUUGUUUAAAACUCGAGGCGUGACAAUAGCGUCUUUAACAGUUACUGGGAGGAGGAUUUUUGUGGCAAACUCAAAGUUUCCGAGCGAAAAAGUCCUUUUGGGCCAAAGGUCUUUGAUUGUAAAAACAACGCGAAAGAAAUAUAUUUCUAGUGACUACUAUGUCAAAAUUGUUUGUGAGAGGGUGGCUUACGUUAGAUUUUGGAGAGCUUAUAGCUCCCUCUCUCUAAAUAAAGGAAGCCUAUGUUUAUAUUACACGUAGGGGUAUACGAUAAAUAUCAAUAUGUUAGUAUCGUGUUUAGGUCGGCCUGGUGUAUAAGCAGCUAGACGGCUUACACGACGGAUACAAUGCGAACAUAAAAGAAGGAAUGCAGUCUUUAUCAUGGGAACAUUUUUUGUAAGUGUAUACGCAUUAAUACUAACCCAUUAACCGAAUAUACCUACCCACAUAUUAUAAAGAAAAAAAAAAAGAAAAAUACAACCUUAAAAAAAUAAAUUGUUUACAUAUUAAGUUGGAUGAACAUUCAAGAAGAUUUAUACGAUUUGUACGACGCUUUUAAUUCGACGCACCCGCAUCGAAAACCUUUCGGGGCCGGAUCGGGUUCGGUUCUCAUAAAACUGCUGCCCGGAUACAAAGAGUUGUUUUUCUCGCACGUCACGUGGAAUUGGUGAGCGAGACGAGAUCUGUAUUCCUGAUUAAAAUAUUAUACUAUGCUGUUGUUGUUUCUCCCUCCCCCCCUGUCAGGUAUGAAACAAUGAUGAGGAUACAAAAACGGUACCGUCUCAACUACAAGGAAAGUAUAUCGUCCAAUCAAUUGGUUUACGGACACGAUAUUUCGUUUAGUUCGUAUCCCGGUUUUUUGUAUUCGAUGGACGAUUUUUACUUGAUAUCCUCGGGUUUGGCAGUCACGCAAACGACAAAUACAGUUUACAAUUCACUGUUGUGGGCUAACGUUCGGCCGAUAGGACAGGUAGGUCCUAUAUUACUAUAUAGAAAUACGAGCGUAUCAUUGGAUUAUAAAAAAUAUAAAUUCACCACAUAAUGUCGUAAUACUUAACAUAGUAUAUUAUAUUAUUAUCAGGGAUUAAUCGAACCACGACGAUCGGGGUCUAAAGAUUACCUAGGUAUUAUAAUAUGAUUUACUUGUCUAUAAAAUCUUAUUCCAUUAUACACGCGUGUAGUGUUCUUUGAGAAAUCCGUACAAUUAUUUAAAAAUACAAAAAUAUAAUUUGAAAAAUGUAGUAAAGCUGGUACCAGCUGUAGAAAUCGUAUAUAAUUCUCAAAGACACACAUCAUAGAUAUACCAUUAUUGAAGAUAAUAACUGAUAACUGACAAUCUGUAUAUUAAAAUCAAUAGAUAUGUAUUUUAUUUGUAUUGAAUUGUAUAGUUUUUAUUUUUAACGACAAACGUGAAUUUCAAGCUUUGGGUUUAUAUAAUAAUACAAUAGGUAUUCCUUGUCUAUUCAUAAUACGGAUAUUAUUAGUUGGACGCAAUACGAGUACCAGAACAUAUCGUAUGAAUAAUAUGUUCAAGAUAUAUUAUAUAAAAUGCAUUAAAAAUUUUAAUUUCCAAACAGCAGUUAAAAAUAUCCUUAAAAUUUGAAGUAAAAUAAAUACACAAAUAAAUAUAAAAAAAGAGCUGAUACUGGGGACGGGUGUGCCAUUGUUGUAGGUGGAAAGUUGUGCGUAAUAUAGAAAUUUUUUUUUAUAAUUCGUAUAAGGCUGAGAAAAAAAAAGAAAGAAAAAUGUUUUCCUAAGAUAAUGGAGACGGGUGCAUCCACUGUUAUAGGUAAUUUAUUGUAUACCUGUAAACAACGAUAAACCAUUGAAACAAAAAUUAAUUUGAGCAGAGUUCAGUUGAUAGUGAUAAUUUGUCAACAAUAUAGAUGCCAUAUUAUAAUAAAAUGAUUAUAUAUAAGCAUUAAACAUUUUCUUUAUAAUAAUAUUUGUUUAAUAUUGUACAUAUUAUCCUGUUUCUUUUUCCAUUUAUUGGAAUAACUCCUAGAAAAAUUGAAAAAUGGCCUCCUUAAAGUACUUUCCUAGUCAGAUUUCCUUUCAGAAAAAGUACUAUUAUUGUAAAUCAGAGCGAAAUUGCUGGUAGAAAAAUUGUUCACAGGAUAAACGAAGGCCGUAAUAUUUUUAAUCAAUACAUUUCGAACAUUUUAUCGUUUUUCCUCCGUUUUUUUUUUUCGGUUUUUCACAUUUGUUGAGAAAAAAGUUUUCCCUUUUUUUAAUUAGGUAAAAAGGUUUAAAAAAGAAAAACUGAAUAUUUAAAAAAAAUUAAGUUUUAUCUGAAUGCAUUUUGUAACUUUAUAAUUCGAUUUAUUACUUUCGAUAGUGAAUUUCGUAUCAAACUGUGUUAGUAUUUUUGUUGGAUUUCGUUAUGCGUUUAUCAUUUUACAAGCUCCUAUUUCAUAAUAAAAAAUUAGUUAAAAUAAUUAUUAAAUUAAAUCUGACCUGUGAUACAGUUUUUAGUACUUAGGUACAAAUUAAUUUGAUUACUAAUUAAUAAUUAUUUUGUGGUAGUAGAUUCAGUUACCUAUCCAGCGACGCGGUCGCGGCGCAGAACUAAGUGAAACAAAAAGUUGACCAUAUUACAUAACACGAGACGGUCAACUCCUAUUUAACCUGUGUAGUUUUACGGCAAAUAGUCCGACCUCUCUGUAGCCUAAACUAAUGGACUAAUUUUUAUAAAAUUUAUAUCGGUUGAUCAGUAUAUUAUGUAGAUACUACUUUUGUAAAUUUCAAAUUGAUCGGAUGAUUACAGCCUGAGUAAUAAGCAAAAGUAUUAGUAUAGUUUUUACUCGAAACGCUAUUUUUUUUUUUUAUCAAUAAUAUACACUUAUGUUGUACGCGUUAUCACCUGUUUGUAGCGGUAAAAACAAUUUAUUUAUUUAUUUUAUCGCUGUAUUAUUAUAGUAUUGUUUUCUAGGAACAUUCAUAAGCUACGAGCUCGUAUAUUCAGAUAUCAUAUUAUAUUGAAUUACUCAAUCCAUAAAACAGCAAAGAUUAUGUCCCCAUAAUUUAGAUUAUGGAACUCGAUGAAAAAAAAAAUAUAGAUAACUAUGGUACAUAUCCAACAUUUUAAUAAAACAAUUAGUGUUAUCCUAACAAGAACCCUCUGUCAACUACGUGUAAAACAUUCGCUAAGAAAGAAAAGUUGUAAUAUCAAAAAGAAGUUAAGUAAUUUCUUACAUUUAUUAGUAUAGAAAUUGUUUAUAAUUAUUUGUAUUUGAUGAAGUUUAAUAAUAUAAAACAAAUAAUUUAACUUAGCUUGGCGGCUACUCAUAGUACGCUGUGUUACGGUAAUAUUAAUAAAUUAUAGUAAUGGGGAUGUAAAUAUUCAUGUUUGCAUUGUAUGUUUAUUUAUAGUCGUAAAUAUUAGUACCCGCCAAGCUAAGUUAAAUUAUUUGUAUUAAAUUAUUAAUUAUUAAUAAACAAUUUCAAUAAUAAUGAAUUUAAGAAAUUACUUACCUUUUUUUUUGAUAUUACAACAUUUCUGACUUGAGUUUUUUUUUUUCUUAGCGAAGGUUUUUUACUUAGUUUACGGAGGGUCUUUGUUGGGAUAUAACAAAUGCAGGUAGCAGGUGCACAUUUGUAGUUGUUGUAGUACGCGGAGUGUGUUGUAAUGCACACAAAAAUAACCACGGAAAAUAUCGCAUACAGGUGAUAUUGCAAACAAUACACGUACUUAGCGGAUUUUAAUUUUUAAAGACGUAGUAAUUCCAUUAAGAAAAUGUUAAACUUUACAUUUUUUAAGCCUUAAUUCAAAUAUAAUGACGUAUAAUUUAAGCAAUGAUUAAAUCUAUAUUUAAUAUAUUAAAUAUAUAAUAUAUACCCACGGGUAUAUAAUAUAUAAUAUAUAAUAUAUAAUAAUAUAUAUUUAUAUAAUAUAUAAAUAUAUACCCACGGGUAUAUAAAAUAUGUAUUUCUGUAAUUAAUAAUAAAAUAAGAGUUAUCAAAAGAUGGCAUUAGCAAUACCAAUAUUUAAGAAAUAAUUAUAAUCGUAAUUAGAUAUGCAGUGAAAUUAUUAGAUGGCGGGAGGGAAUCACGUCAGUAAGCAGAUCGUCAUAAACAAUUCACAGUUUGGACUUUGGACAGAAGUCUACGAUAAGAAAACAACCUUUUCUCACCAGUCAUAUAAUUAUUAAUUAAUAAUUUAUAAUAUUACAAAAUUAUAGUCACAGCAAUUGUCACUUGUUCUUUUAUUGUUUAUAAUAAAUUAGUAAAAUAUUACAUUUCCAUGUUUUCUUAGGUUUUUUUUCGUCAAAUAUCAAUACAAUAUUUUUGCCUAAUUAGAAAAUCUUGGCAAUUUAUAACAACGCUUCUCAUACCCAGUAGCGUACGAAGGAUGGGGUAAUUUAGGGGUUAUAUCCUCCCCCCUAUUGGUUUAAAAAUACAUCAAAAUAUGAGUAAUCAAAUAUUGAAACAUACAUUUGAGCUGAUUUCCGAGGAAAAGCUUGAUGUAUUUAUUAGAAAUUGACAUUUUUUUAUGAUCCGGCUUUUAAAUUACCAGUUCCUAUAGUCGAGUUGGAUAGAGAAGACGAUUUUACUCUCUAUUCCCGAUUUUUAUUUGUUACAUCACCUCCCAUUAAAAAUGUGCCGAUUUACUGCAGUCCAUUAAAACACUUUUACUAUAGCAAUCACGAGACAUAUUUUUUAUUAGAACAAAAACCAAAUUAUAAUUAUAAUAUUUUUGAAUAAUAGAAAGAAGUAAAGCAUGAUUCUAGUUUAGCAACCACGCAAUAUUUUGGUUUUUUUUCUAAAAUGUGUGUUUUUGCGUGUACAUUAAGAAUGUAAAAAAAAAGUCGGACGAACUUCGUUUGGAAGUUAUGGGGGAAAACUUCAUAAAGUACGGGUUUUCCUUUUCGCGUAUUUCUUAGUUAGUGUUUAACAUUUAAACAUUUUUUUUUCCAAAAUAUGUGUUUUUAGACGCUUAAUCCAUUGGUAUAAUCAAAACGUACUCAUCAUACUUACGUUUAAAGUUUUUGUGUAUAAACCUUAAAAAAUAGCAUUUUUGGAAUUAAUCCAAAAUUUGGUCAAAAAUAGAAAUUUGUUUUAUUAUUAUUAUUUGUGGUUAUUGAUAUUUAGAUAACAAAAGUUUUUUAUUGAAGUCAGAAUUAGUCUAUUUGGCUUAAUUUUAGAGUUAUUCGCGUUCAAACGUGACGUGCUAAUGACGAAUAAGCGCAGCGAGCGUGUGAGCACAUUGGGUCUCUAAUUUCACCUAUGUGCCUUUCACUUUUCUUUGUUAAUUACCCAAUGGAAUUUUGUACAAAAAAUCGAGGGUUGUUUUCGAUUAAAAUUGUCUGAGUGAGCGUAGGAAAAUAUGGCGCGUUUGAACGUCUGUAACUCUAAACCUAAGCCAGAUAGACUUAUUCUGACUUCAAUAAAAAAGCUGUUUUAUCUAAAUAUAUAAAUAACUACAAAUAAUAAUAACAAGAAAAAUUUCUAUUUUUGACCACAUUUUGGAUUAGUUCCGAAAAUGCUAUUUUUCAAGGUUUAUACACAAAAACUUUAAAAGUAAGUAUGUGGGUACGUUUUGAUUAUACUAAUGGAUUAAGCGUCUAAAAACACACAUUCUGGAAAAAAAAAAAAUUUCAAAAUGUUAAAUUCUAAUUAAGGAAUACGCGAAAAAGAAAAACCGUAUUUCAUGAAGUUCCCCCCACAACUUCCAAACGAAGUUCGUCCGACUUUCAUUUUAUUAAAUUUUAAAUGCAUACGCAAAAACACACAUUUUGGAAAAAAAAAACCCCGAAAAAUCGCUUGGUUGCUUAACUAGAAUCGUUCCAGAAGUAAGAACAGUCUGUAUAGAUGAAACCGUCAAAUCGGUUAAAUGGAACGUUAUCAUAUAUCGCUUAUCAAAACUGUUAUUAACACCGAAAAAAAAUUAAACCAGCAUCACAAUCAUGGUUACUAUUAAAAACUACUCUAGCGUUUUUUGAUAUCAGUGUCCCACACUAUUAUUUUUGGGCUCCCAUUACUCGAUUUCUUAUUAAAUUUUUAACGUUGCGUGGGCUAUUUAUGUAUACUUAAUCAAUGAUACAAGUUAUAACGAAUGCUGCUAUCUACAGUCAAAUUAACGUGGUAUAAUAUAUAAUCAUUAUAUUUCUAUAUUUUAUAUUACAAAAUCGAUACGAUGUCUGAUGAUAUCGUUCAAUACCAGUUUUGCUAGAUUAAAUGAAGCCCAAGGCGUAGAUGUCCAAUUCUGCCAGUAAAAGUUAAAACUCCUGGAAAAAUCGAAAAAGUACCUUCCCACAUCGAUUUCCUUUUAAAAAAAGUGCUACACUUAAAAGUCGGAGCAAGAUUCUUGUUUAUUUAUUUUUAAAGUUCCACACAGAUAAAAAAAAAGUAAAAAUAAAAUAAACAUCUUUGUAAAACCAAAUGCUUCUUUGCUUCACUCAGAACUAAAAUGGAUUUUCAGCAAAAAAAUAUAAACAUUAAAUGUAAUUAUUUUCGUAUAAGGAUUGUAUAAACAAAAAAAGGUAGUACGCAAUAUUUGUUUACAUAUGGUUAUAUUUUUCAUGGAAUGCUUAAGCGCUGCGGUACCUAUGUCUUCGGUGUCCAUGAUUACAACAAUGUUUUUUUUUUAAUCGUAUAACGCAAUAGAUAUCAGUCUUCGUCCGGUCGAUGGUGGCGAACCGAUUGGCGUCUGACGGACUGGCCUGGACUAAGUAUUUCCAGAAUCACAACAGUGGUACGCGCAACAAUCAAUGGUUGGUGGUCAACUAUUCAUUAUUCCGGCCGGGCCACCAAAUGCCUGAAAACGGGUUACUCUACAUCCUAGAGCAAAUGCCAGGGAUCGUGAAAACCCAAGACGUGACCAAAAUGUUGCUGGACCAGAUGUACUGGGCGAGCUAUAACGUGCCCUUUAUACCAGCCGUGUUCAAAACGAGCGGUCAACAAGACAUGAUGAAUCGCUACGGGAAUUGGUAUGAUGAAAAUAUAUCUCGAAUAAUAUUAUUAAUAACAUAUUUAUACAGGAUGUACAUAUUGAUGAGGAAUACUCGUUAGUCGGUUACACUCUGCAGACGUAGAGUAUAGGACUAACAAAGUUUUUCUGUUUUUGUUUUUUUUUUGUUAAUUCUAAUAUUUUGAUUUAUACGUUUACCUUGUUGACUAAUUACAUUCACCUAUUACCUGCAUCAAAUAUAUCACCUGUAUUACCUAUAUAAAAAUGGUACUUUGGAUGAUGCCAGAUGAAGGAACGGGGACAGCCGAAUUUCACUAUUACUUUAAUUAAAAUGGCUGAACUGCACUUAGAUCAAAAAAAGUGAUAUUUAAAAAAUUAUACUUAAAAGUUUUGAAAAAACACUCUUUUCCUUUUUCAUACACAGCCUUAGGAAUAAUCUGUUUAAGUAUCACAGACUUAAACAGAAUAUAAAAUACUUAAACCAAAUAUUAUAUAUAUAUUACUUAGACAUUUUUAUAGCAACUGUUUUAGAUUUCUACAAAAAAUGAUUUUUAUAAAUAAUAAUGAUUUAAACUCAAAAAACGCUUUUUUUAUUAUAAUAUAUGUACGUAAGAAAAUCCUAUUUAUGAGUACAACGCCAAUGGUUAAAUUUCAAAUGGAAAGGUAAAUUAGUGCGACUUUAAAUUAAGUUUUUUUUCAAAAAUAUUUGUGGUAACCUCUUUUUUUACCGAACUGCAAAUUUCUCUAAAAUAAAUGCAAUUCGAUCUUACUCUAUGGAACUCGCAGUAUAUUAAUUUUAUUAGUUCGAGCAUUUCACUGAGAAGUGGGAAGUGUCGGGGAAAAACAUGUACAUUAUACAGUGCAAUAGUUUCAAUAUUCGACAAAAAUGGUAUUUUCCUAAUCAUGUCCAUUAUUUACCUUGAUGAGUGUAAUAGGUAUAGCCAACUGAAGAAAACUGUUACUUAAUAAUUGUUUUGAUACGCAUUGUGUAUUUAAACUUUAUCCAUAUUGUACUUAUGUAUUUUUUUGUAUAAAUCCGUAACGGACUACCAGGUUUUCGUAUCACGAUACUCCACGAGCUCGUUUAUUCGCCAGAGACCAGGCCAGCGUGAUAGAUUUGCAGACUAUGUUGCAGUUGAUGCGUUCGAACGAUUUUAGAAACGAUCCCGAGUCCAGGUGCAAGCAUUGCAUUCCCAGAUUUUCGGCCGAAAACGCCGUAUCGUCCAGGUAUUCAUAAUAAUAGAGAAAAUAUUAAAACUUAGCAUUUAGGUACUUUUAUUUUCUACACAAUUGUCUACCUUAUCCUCCAACAUCUAUUGCGCAACUUAAUUUUUUUUUUUUACGAAACCUACGUUAUACGUUGUUGAUUGAUUUGUACUUAUUAGACCAUAUUAAAUGAUAUGAUCUAUGUAUUUUAAGUUGUAUUGAAACUAAUUUAGACAUUUUAUCAAAUAAUUUUAGAUAUUUAUUGUAUAUACAAGCGAGAUGACAUUCGACGGUAGAUAAUUGUCAAGUUGUGUAAAAUAUUAACUACUGUAUAAUCUAUACAAUUUAUAGAUAUGCCCUAUUAUAUUAAAUAUUAUAAAUAAUAUGAAGUGAAAAAUGGCGGACUUAUUUCCAAUAAUUGAUCACGUAGUAAACAGAUAGCGCUAAUAUCUUACUAUUUUAAAAUCAAUAGGUGUAAAGUUUCGAAGGUAUAGGGAAUAAGGUAAUUUAGUUCAUAUACUAAAAGCCACGAUAAAUCACUACAGUCAAAAAAUCUGAUAAGGUGUCAGUCAAGUUAUUUUUUUUCUUAUAUAGUAAAGAUAACCUAAAAACCAAUAGACGCAGAUCAAUGUAUAUAAUGUAUUUAAUGUAUACCUGUAAGGAAAGCAACAAUUGCAACAAUUGAACAAUUGCUUACGAAAAAACGAUUCUUAGCGGAGUUCAGUUGAUACUGCUGCUUUGCAAACAAUAUAUAUGCCAUAUUAUAGUAAAAAUAAUUAAAUAGGCUCUAUAUAUUUUCUUUAAUAGUAUUUGUUUAAUGUUGUACCGAUUUUCCAAAUUUUCACAUUUGCUGAGAAAACUCCGGGGAAAAUGGAAAAACGAACGUUUUAAAGUUUCUCCCCAGUGAAAUUUCCUUUCAGAAACAUUGCUACUCGUAAAAAUCGGAGCAAGUAUUCUGGUAGAAAAAAUGUCCAUGGAAAAAAAUAAAAUAUCUUAUUAAACCAUAAGCUUCUUCGCUCCACUCAGAAUUUAAAAUAUUUAUUGUAAUAUGUAAAUUUAGUAAUGAAAUGAUAAUGGUUUUAAUGAUAUUCAAAAUAAAUUAAAUAAUUUAAAUACAAUAAAUAUCGGACCUACUACAUAUUUCACAUGCAAUCGAAUAUUUUCUUUAGUUCCUACAAUGUUUUGUUUCUAUUCUUCUGUUUCUGUUUCUUCUUCAUAUUAUAUCGUUUAGUGUAUCUCUGUAUACUCUAUGGCCUACGCUAUAAUUUAUAAAUCUUGGGUAGUUAUUAUAGUUUAUUAUCAACAAAGAUAUUAUCAUAUAAAUACACAGGGUUUAUUGCACGUUAACGUGUUCAGUACUUAAACAAAUACUAAGAAUUAUUUUAUUCAGUAAAUAAGGUAAAAAAUUACCAAUAUAUUUGUGUUCUCUGAAGUUUUGAAUAACAAUAACAUGAAGAAUUGUACAAGUCAACAUACAAAAAAAAAACUAGUGGGGUCCAUGAGUCACUCCAUGAGCAAUAUGCUCUAUCAAAUUUUUUCCAGCUGUAUAGCUUUAAAAUAGAACGUGCAGUUCAACAAUUUUCUUAGCUCAGUUUCUAGUCAAAGAAAAUUCCAUUUUUAAAAUUCACACAUACACCGUAAAUAAAUUCUAGUUCCACUUCCAUGUUCACGAUUUGAUUUUCGUUUUAAUGUUACUGCCGCAGGGCCGAUUUGAACGACAGGAACGGUUCGUACCCGUUCGAAGCGUUGGGCUAUUCGAACCGUGGGGCCACGGACGUCAAAAUCACCAGUCACCGUAUGUUCAAGAGUCUGAUAUUUGUCGCAAUCUCCGGACCAACAUCCGGUACCUCGUCCCGUCUCGGUCCGUACUGUUGGAGCAGAGCUUCGGCGAACGUGAGUCACCUGGGACUUCCGGACUGUUGGGACUUCGAGCCGGAAACCCACAAAUGGGUUUUCUAAAUAAAUGCCAAAACUGUACGAUAUCAUUCAUGAUAUUGAACUUUGCAUAUUUUUUUUUAAUCCUGUGCAACGCUAACCUAUCAGUUACAAGCUCGUCCUAUUAUUAUACAUAUACUUAUAAUUAUAGACCGGAU